GCAUGCACCUGUCCAGGCCUUGGCGGGAACAGUUGCCCCGCGUUAUGUCUGAGCACUCUGGUUCCAAGAGCCCAGUGCUGUAACUGAGCAAGGAUACCCAUUUCAGAGGGAAAACGGCAUGGAGUCCGACACACAGGUUCCUGAGUUGAGCUCCUAUCUAGCGACAAGGAGGCCAGACUGGAAGAAUCCUGCCAUGCACAGCACUUCUCAGGAGAUGGCUACGGGCUGGAGCCCAAGGGCCCCAGGAAGGAACUUCCAGCACUACGGGUCCUUGGUACCUGAAGACUCCUCCCAGGAUCCCCAGCUGUUGGGGACCUUCAGGAAAAAGAGACUUUCAACUGUUGAGGACUUAGAGAGUUCCAGGGAGCAGGUGGAGCCCCAUUCAGACCAUUUAGCUGCAGAGGAAGAAUCAUGCACGUCAGCCUCAUUGAAUAAGAAACAGCGUCAGAAGAUAGAGACCCUGCAGGAAAUGACCUGGCCAAGGAACACAGGGAUGCCUGGAAUUUCAGACACCACCUGGCAGAGGAGACGAGACCCAAAGAAGCGGGCAGCUGCAAUGCAGCGCCUACAGCAAUGGGAGGCCCAGAUGCUUCAGGAGAUCGAGGAGGCCGUCCAUCAUGAGCUUACCAUCCAAGAGGGGGUCCUUAGCACUGAGCUCCCCAACCAAACCCAGGGCACAGUCAGUGUAGAUGCCCAGGACCCUGCUGCCUUGGCAUGACUUGAUCUACACCAGGUACUCCAGUUGACCCAGGAGCAGGCCAGCAGCUGCAGCGGUGACAGGAACUUUUCAAAUUCCACGUGAUGCUCUCUAUAAGUUACCAUUUACUUUAUAUUUAAACAUCUGCAUGUUUUACAAGCCACUCCCUAUUAAAGUAAUUCCCUAUUUUCAUUUGUAUAAUUAUCUGGUUAUAAAGGCAGUCUUGAGAUUGUCAGAGUUUUAUUAACUUUUCAAAUAAGACAGAAUACUAUUUUUAAAACCUGAUUAGAACUGUGUAGCAUGGAGAUGAAUGCAUCAGAGAAAAGUCCUUCCAAUCUUCAUUAUUAAAAAUAAACUCUUUCCAUGAGAACUA